AUGCUUAACAAUUUUCUAAAUAAACUAGAAGAUCCUGAAAACCCUCUACUAGGCCCUAACAUCAAGGCACUAAAAUUCUGGGGUCUUCUCCUUCAUAAACAAAAAUUUAGACGGUUCCUUGACAUAUUUCUAAACGUAUCAGUUGUUUUCUUUGUUGUUACGGAAUAUAUUGAUCUUUGGCUAAACAGAAAUGAUUCGGAUCUUGUAUUGGAAAAUUUGAAGUCUUCAAUGUCAAGUACUUCAAAUGCAUUGAAAGUAGUUACAAUGUACAUUUGGCAGAAGCGCUGGCAUGAAAUUAAUGACUAUGUGAACCGGGCAGAUAAGUACCAACGAUCAACAAGUAACCUAGCUAACAAAACUAUUAUAAAUAAGUACACUCGAUACAGCCGUAAAAUUACUUAUGUUUACUGGUGCUUAAUAUUUUUUACUGGCAUGGUUGUAAUAUUGCAACCACUUUUAAAAUAUGCAUUGUCAUCCAGCUACAGGUAUAAUGUUAAAAAUGGUACCGAACGUUACGUCGAAGUUGUCCGAUCUUGGGUGCCAUUUGACAAGACAAAUUUCAAUAAUUACAUCGCAAUAUCGUUGUUUCAAAGCUAUGCUACAAUUAUUGGUAUAGGUUGGGUUACGUCUUUUGAUACCCAUGUGGUUGUUAUUUUGGUUUUCUUUAGAGUUGAACUUGAGGUGCUUCGAAAUGACUGUAAGGAUAUAUUUGGAUCAAGUGAAUCCCCAGCUAAUGAAGACGAAUCAUUUCAGCGUUUGAAAGAUUGUCAUAGAAGAUAUAACGAAUUUAUAAGAUAUACACGAAUGUUUAAUUCUUGUGUGUCUCCAGUAAUGCUGAUUUACGUUUUGGUAUGUUCAUUAAUGCUUUGUGCUACUGCCUAUCAGCUAACUGUAGAAACGAGUACAGUACAAUGCCUGCUAUUAGGGGAAUAUCUAAUAUUUGGAAUACUAGAACUGUUGUUAUUUUGUUGGCACAGUAACGAAGUGAUUUACGCGAGCAAAGAAUUAAUGAAGGGUCCUUACGAAAGUAACUGGUGGGCAAGCAGUGCAUCGAGACAAAAAGAUGUCUGCAUUUUAAUUCAUCAAUUUAACAAGACUAUAGUUUUUACUGCAGGCCCGUUCACGGAGCUUACAGUGGCAACCUUUUUAAGCAUUUUAAAAGGAGCUUACAGUUAUUAUACCAUCCUCAGUCAGUCAAAGAAUAACUAG